UUUCCUGCGCUCAUUGUAUUCUCCUCACGUCAUGGAAAGAGUUGGGUUACUUCUUUGCUGAAGCUGAAGGGAUAUAGGGUCUUCAGAGAGAGAGAGAGAGAGGGGACCGGGGGUCCUGACCUCAGAGCAGCACGAGAUCAGAUAUGAGGACAGGUCGAGUCUGAGAAAGCUGUUGUUUUGUUGGGGAAAAUGGAGCGGGCUGGUGACGGAAUGAGGCUCGAGCCCCGGGAUGACUGUCUGUCUUCAUCAUGUCUGUCUUUGUGCUGCUGCUGCUGCUGAGAUAAUGUUUUGAUCUGAGGCGCGCGCGCGUGUGUGUAUGGGUGUGUGUGUGUGAAUAUAUAUGUGUAUAUGUGUUUGAGAGAGGAGGGCACGGCUUUGUGUUUUUUUUCUCCUUCCUCUUCCGAGGAGACCUGUAAACACUUACCACAGGAUUACAGCAGCACGGCGGAGAUCUGCUGCUCCUGAACUGAACUAAACUGAACUGAGCUGCUGCUGCCGGGAGAGUUAUAGUUCAGUUAGCCGGUGUUUAAACAGCCGAGCGGAGGAUUUGUGUUCGCCUGCUGCAGGAACCAAACACACAGGGGAGGUGGAUUUGGGCGACCUUUGGAUUUAAAACACAUUUUUUUUGGACUGAAUGCUGGAUUGACUUGGUAUGAUAACUGGAACUUCACUCACUAGCUUAGGAAUGUGCUAACUAACUGUGACUGCGGGGUAUUAAAGAUGUAGUUAGUUAGCUAGCAAGUUGUUUAGCUAACACUUGACCAAGAUGAACGGUUAGGAAGCUUUUGGAUGACUGUUGUUUAAAAUAAGAACCGGUCCUGGAGCUAUUGUUAUACCAUUACAAUUAAAAUACUGCAGACAUUAUGUUUUUGUAUUAACAUUUAACACACUGUACAAAGCUGCUUUGUUCUGGCUUUUGUAUCUUAAGCCUAAACCCAACUUGAUAUAGGUCACUUGAUAGGCACCAAAGACCUAGCUAGUUAACUAGUUAAGUAACUACCUAAGUAGCCUGCCUAAUUUGUGGGAUUAUUUAGGGUUAGGGUGUAGUUAGCAAGCUAUCUACUUUUCUUUGUAUACAGGUUAGGCUAUGUGCAGACUACACUUUACUGAGUGUUCAGCACAAUGGAAGGGAACUCUACUCCAGCCAGUAAUCAAGUAAGGCUUUGAGUUGUGCUGUGUGUGUUUAGUUUUUUUGUUUACAGUUGUUGUGUAACUUCAUCUGAGAUGAGUUGAAUCACCAGAGAGACUAAAGGAAAUUGAUCUUGUGCCACAGUUUAUUUUCCCCUGUCUUUUGGCAUCAGACACAGUCUUGCUUUCUGGCAUCAAAACAAGUAAAAAUGUCACUGAAGGCUAAAGCACUUUACACUUUCCAAAGUGAGAACAAGGAGGAGAUCAGCAUCCAGGAGAACGAGGAGCUGCUAAUUUUUGAAGAGAACUCAGUCGAUGGCUGGUUGCGAGGGGAGAACAGUCGUGGGGAGAGAGGCCUGUUCCCAGCCACUUAUGUGGAGAUCAUUAGGCCACGUUCCAACUCCAACCUGACUGACUGCUCCCUCAGCCCUGCGGGCUCACCUGGCAAGGACUUGCCUUACUUCAACACCACCACCUGCUAUGACGAUGAUGACGACGACUGGGAUGACUGGGACGACAGCUCGACGGUGGUCGAGGACGAGGACCCUCGCAGAGCGGUGGGUGCGAACGGUCAUGCUCACCAAAGUGGGUAUGCCAACCCCAACGUGCACUACCGUGCCAAGCCCCACAUGGAGAGGCAAGACAGCAUCUCCAGCUCCAGGAAAGGCAGCAUGGUGGGCCGCAACCUCAAUCGCUUCUCCAGUUUCGUGCGCUCAGGUGUGGAGGCAUUCGUCCUUGGCGAUGUGCCGAUGAUGGCCAAGAUAGCCGAGGCCUACAGCAUAGAAAUGGGCCCUAGGGGGCCUCAGUGGAAAGAGAGCCCGCAGCCUUUCUGCUGCUCUGUUGAGGACCCCACCAAACAAACAAAGUUCAAAGGCAUUAAGACUUAUAUUUCGUACCGGGUCACACCCAGCCACACUGGCAGGCCUGUGUAUCGCCGCUACAAGCACUUCGACUGGCUGUACAACCGCCUGCUGCACAAGUUCACCGUCAUCUCUGUUCCACACCUGCCCGAGAAGCAGGCCACAGGGCGUUUUGAGGAGGACUUCAUAGAGAAGAGGAAGAGGCGGCUUAUCCUAUGGAUGGAUCACAUGACCAGCCACCCAGUGCUGUCCCAGUACGAGGGCUUCGAACAUUUCCUCAUGUGUGGAGAUGACAAGCAGUGGAAGCUGGGUAAACGGCGGGCAGAGAAGGACGAGAUGGUGGGGGCUCACUUCAUGCUCACGCUUCACAUCCCUAAUGAGCACCAGGACCUUCAGGACGUGGAGGAGCGCAUUGACACAUUCAAGUCCUUUGCCAAGAAAAUGGACGACAGUGUGCUGCAGUUGACACACGUGGCCUCCGAGCUCGUACGCAAACAUCUUGGAGGCUUCCGGAAGGAGUUCCAGAGACUAGGGAACUCCUUCCAGUCCAUCAGCCAAGCGUUCAUGCUGGAUCCCCCAUACAGCUCUGAUGCCUUGAACAAUGCCAUCUCGCACACUGGACGGACAUAUGAGAACAUCGGGGAGAUGUUCGCAGAGCAGCCCAAGUUCGACUUGUUUCACAUGCUGGACAAACUCUCUCUGUACCAGGGCUUGCUGUCCAACUUCCCAGAUAUCAUCCAUUUACAGAAAGGAGCUUUUGCGAAGGUGAAGGAGUCGCAGCGCAUGAGUGACGAGGGGAAGAUGGAUCAGGACGAGGCGGAUGGUAUUCGGAAGCGCUGCAGGACAGUGGGCUUCGCCCUGCAGGCAGAGAUGAACCACUUCCACCAACGCAGGGAGGUGGACUUUAAGGAGAUGAUGCAGGCCUACCUCCGCCAGCAGAUCGCCUUCUACCAGCGCGUGGGCCAGCAGCUGGAGAGGACCCUCCACAUGUACGACAACCUUUAGAAUACGAGCAGGCCUUCAGAAGUGUUGGAAACAUCUGAAACUUUGUUGAUCCGCACAUUCUGUGGAGAAUGUGUCCCGCUUAUUUGUUCUGUAACUCGAAGGUUUACAAAGACGAUCCAGCUUAGAGACGACGCGUGACUUAAUUCAGAGUCAUGUCUUAAGUUCAUGGAUUUAACAGAGAUUUUGGGACUUGAGGAGAUGGUCGGACUUGAGAGAGAAUAAGAAUGCACAUGAGGACCAAGCACUAGCUCAUGCACUUAAAAAUGUCACUUUCUUGGCUGCCUUUAAUAGCCAAAACACAAAGAAUUCCAGGGACUUGCACAGUUCAUGUUGCCUUGAUGAAAAAAACAAAACAAACAAAACAAUAUCUACGUAAUUGUAUCUCUCAUCCUAUUUUGUUACACAUAUUACAUUUAAUUUAAGCGUAUUUGCUAAGUAAAGUAAGUCCUUAGGUUAUGAUUUGUACUCUUGACCAAUUGUGACCUCCCAGACUCAGGUUGAGUUACUUUUCUUGAGCAAGGUCUUGUUUCAAGCCAUUAUCGUCCCUGUUAGUGUCGUCUUUAUUGAGCAGGCUCUGCAGGUGCCAGAGCUGUUCUGUUCCAGACUAUACAAAGCUACACUUCCCUCAGUUGAAACCUGAUGACUCUCUUUUGCUAAUACUACAAAACUACAAAGAAAUUGUUACGUUUACUUAAGGUCUGUUUUUUCUUUCUGGGACAAAUCGGGUGAAAUCUUGUUGCCUUGCCUGUUUCUGGCCAACGUGUCCACCAGUUAAAAUGUCUACCUGCCACAGAAACAUUCCAAUAACACCAGCCUUUCAGCUAACCCAUUCCGGGAACACUUUGAGAGUAUUCCGACAGCACAGCGCCUCCAAAACAAAUUCCAAAUGAAUGUCCUAACAGCAAUGCUGGCACUCUGAAAGUGAUUUUAGAAAUGAACCCUGUAUUUGUCGAAAGGUUUAUUUUGAUUUAGCGUGAUCUGGUUGUAGAGCAGGACGAACACAAAGGGACUCCCCCCUCUGCUCUUUUAGGAACUGCCAGAGGGUACUCGCAAUUUUAGUGUUGUUGUUUUUUUUAUUAUCAAGAAAUGUAGGUUCUGCUUCAGGUUAUUUUUAAGAGGAUUUUUAUACAUAGACUUUAAUAGAGGGGUGGAUGGGGUAGAGCAUGUCAGAAUGAUUCUUAGUGAAAGGGAUUCUUUAAUGAAAUGUGAGUGAGCCAAUGAUGUCAUUUCUUUCUUCAGAUGCAAAUAUAUCACAGAUUCAAAUGGUCAGUGAUUUAGAUUUUUCUAGGGUUACGGAUGAGGGUUAGCUUUUAUAAAUUUUCUCUUUGUAUCAUUUUUAACACCCAUUGUUCUGUUACUUUUGACACAAUCUAUGACCAAUUUUCACAUUCUGAGAGUCUUCUGAGAGUGGAUGAAGAUCUCCAAUAUGUUCUCAAUAAAUACAGGUCUGUGUAACAAAGCAGCAUUUUUAUGUUUAGUCAGCUAACGUUAGGUUUAGUUCAGUCUAUAUUUUUUUGUCAUAUGACUGAUCCCUUUUUACUUACAUACAUCACUACAUACAUAACCUACUCUUGGGUUGAUUAACUUUAUGAUUUAGGAUCAAAUGUAGCUCUAAAACAAACCAAUCAAAAAGAGAAUUACAAUGUCUGUAGCAUCAGUUACGUGGCCCACACCACUGUUCAGCCAAGGGAACAAAUUCUGCUACAAGUUAAGUAUAAAACUGUUAUUUAUGACAGCGUAAGUAGUGCUUGGCAAUUAUGGUCGCAAAUAAAUAUCACAAUGAAUAAUUUACCCUCGAUUAGGAUUAAUAAAUCAUCAUUUUGAUCAUAAACAGACACAACAAUUUUAUUUCAUUUGAAUUGCCCGAGUAUCUAAAUUGGAUUAAUGUUUGACUUCUUCAUUUGGCUUCCGUGUUACAGACUGGACAGGCUAUUGUCUUGUGACUACAUAUAAGAUUAGGGCUGUGCGAUAUGACCAAAAAUUUUAAUCUUGAUAUAGGCCACUAUAUAUCCCAAAAAUAGAGAUCACAUAUAUAUAUGUUGCAUAUAUUAGCCUUCACCAACAGCGGUACGCUUAGCUUUCCGCCUUCGCGUGUCGCCCAGGCAGCAAAAUGUGGUUGUAUUUUCAGACUAUAUAGACCAUAGAGUGUAAUGCUAAACUAUAGAUGUUUUUCUAAAUAUAUCGCCAUAUCGCACAGCCCUAUAUCGAAAUAGUACAUAAACACAGAAAGUACCUAAAAAAAAACACACUACAAACUACACUGUUGCUGUGUUGGCAGUUUAACCAUCAGUAAAGAUCCAGUUACUCUGUAAUUUCAGGUUAUGAGUGCCUAAACAUUUUUUAUUGUUUGUUUACUUGAUUGAUUUAUUUGUUUUGGCUACAGCAUGCUGGACAACUGUUAACCAAAUAACCAAACUCUUAACUAUGAAUGUUAAACACGUUUACCUUCUCAGUGACUUAAUGGACAGAAAAGAAGGAUAGAAAUGUUCAUAGACAUUUUAUUAUCAAAAAAUACUUCAAAUCAUACCAUUGAACACUAUUAUUUAUUAUACAGAGGGUUCAGAUCAUAAGCAUGAUUCAGAUCACUUAUUCCUUCAUUAGCUUCAGAUACAGCUUAAGACAGUUGCAGUUCCUGGAAGAGGCUUCCACGUUUCGAUUCCAGCUGUUUGUUUGAUUUGCAGCAGAAUGAAACGAACAGUAGUUGAAGGAAAGCAGUACGAUCUGUUAAGGGGAUUUCUUUACUGGCAGUCCAGCCAAAUAAACAAAUCCUUCUGGAAACUGAAGGCCGCGGAGUGUGGAGACGGGUCGUGAGUCAGGGCUGAGUCUGUCCACUUGGCCGCAGCGUCCACAUUCUUAGAUGCAGCUGAUUUUUAGGGCUAUGGAAAAAAGAGUCCCCUUACUUUGCAAGCUCUGCAAUUAAUGAUAGACCAAAGCAUUAGUGUUUUCUUUACUCGAAUAAACAAGGAUAUCUUUUUUUAUUAUUUCGAAGCAGGGAGUAUUAUGGUUUUGAUUUAGUGUUAAAUAUGUGACAUGGAAAAAACUGAUUGAGAGCAAAAGCUAGAGAAGGAAGAUAAAGGCCCACAGGACUGACUGCAUUGGAUACCUCUCUGCUCGCUCUUGAUGACCGUUGUGGAAAGAGAGAGAGGAAUGUAGUAAAGCCUUGCUAACGAAGAGCUCUGGGGGCCGCGGGAUUCACAUGGAUGAUUUGGACUGUGAAAGGACGUGUGAGUUUGUUUGUUUAGUGUGUGUGCUGAUUACUCUGUCUGUUAGGAGGAAUAUAGGUAGAAAAGGAGCAUUGUCUUCCACUGCUCUGAAAGUCUUUAAUAAAGACAUGCUCUGAAAGUCUUAAUAAAGAUUUUAUCCAAAAGUG